AUCAACGUGACCAUAUUCAGCGAUAUCCUGGAACUGGAUGACGAAGACGAACAAUACUUUUCCCGCUCACUGGUCUGCGACUACUUUACUCUUGCUCAACGGACCUUUGCAGAAAUGGAUGCAUGCUUAGACGACCAAGAUAUCAAGCAAUUACGGAGCAAAGCCCAAUUCCUCAGAGGCCCAAGUGCAACACUAGGCAUUUACAAAGUCGAGUCCAUCUGUGCUCGGAUCGAGCAAAUGACAGCGGUAGCCGAUACAUUCCAAGCUGAUGCGAGUUCAAUAACAACGCUAUGCAAUUCGACAAGGACGCUAUUAGACCAAGCCAGGCAGGACUUUACCGAGGCAGAAACUGCAUUACGGCGAUUCUAU